AUGGAGGAAAGGGUUUUGAAUCGGAUAACUUUUGCGCGGCUGCUGUCGAGAGACAAAUCUGGAAGAUUAAUAAUUCAGCUGCUGCUGCCUUGCUGCAGUUUGGAGACUGCUGCUGCUGCUGCUGCUCCGCAGCAGCAGCAGCAGCAGCAGCAGCAGCGGCAGCAGCAGCAGCAGCAGCAGCGGCAGCAGCAGCAGCUGCAGUUGCAGCAGCAGCAGCAGCAGCAGGCUCUUUUGGGCUUUUUUCGCCGCCUCUGCUGCUGCUCCCUCCCCGCCGCCGCCAGCAGCAGCAGCAGCAGCAGCAGCAGCAGCGAAGCAGCAGCAGCAGCAGCAGCAGCAGCAGCAAAGCUGCGCGAGACGCCCUACUCCCGCAGCGUCUCCUCCACUGCCCGGAGCUUUUCUGGGGAAUCUGCUGCUGCUGCUGCUGCUGCUGCUGCUGCUGCUGCUGCUGCUGCUGCUGCUGCUGCAGGCAGCAGCAGCAACAGAAGCAAAUGCUUCCUGGGGGCCCCCGAAGAGUGGAGGGGGGCCCCCCUAAACCCUUGCCGCAGCAGCACUGCCAGCAGCAGCAAAGGGGGCCCCCCUGCAGCAGCAGCAGCAGCAGCAGCAGCAGCAGCAGCAGCAAGUGCCUCCUAUUUGGGAUAUUCUGUAAGCUUUUCCACUUUUAGAAACAGCCAAAGUGCUGCUUUGCUGCAGCGGGAGACACUUCUGGAGCAGGGCAGCAGCAGCAGCAGCAGCAGCGCAGCAGCAGCAGCAGCAGCAGCAGCAGCAGCAGCAAGGGAAGCCCGCUUCGACUUCAGCAGCAACGAAGCCGCAGCAGCAGCAAAAGGAGACCAUUCAGACUCCAGCUACGCAGCGACAGAGGGAAACUCCUCUGAUUAG